AUGUCAGCGACUGGCAGAUUGUCUGUUCUUCGUAAGCAUGCACCUUCAGAGACUAGUGACAAAUCAGACCCAAAUAGCGAUAACGAAUUGAUAGAUCUGCAUUCCCCAAGCUUAGUUUCAUCUUCACCACCUUCUCUAGACUCAUUUUUAGAGCGCAUGCAUAUACUGAGCAGUUGUGAAUCUUCAGAUAGUAACAAUGAUGACGAUAACCAUUCCGAACCAUAUCCAUCCGUAGCACUUCAAUUGAGUCCAGUUUUACGCGAUAUAUGUCCAGCUACACCGACCAGAGAGCCUAAUUACGAAAAUAUCCCAUCACUAUCUUCUAUACUGUCUCUUCCAUCUGUAGCUCCUUCCUCAACCCCUGAAACGUCAACUAUAAGGAAGCCAUGA